GUCUGUCAUUCUUGUCAUUGACAUUUCCGUGUAGGGUGCAGGGAAAAUUGUGAAUUAAAAUUUGGACUAUUCCACUAAGAUUAUUUAUUUAAUAAAGAAAAUUUCUGUGAUAUAUUUAGACUUAGCCUUAAAAUAAAAAAUCUCACAUAAUGUCGAAUCCAUGGAAGAAAGUUUCAGCACCAACAGACGUGCAAAACCUCUCGGACAUUAUGUCUGAACAAUACGCUAAAGGACUGCAGAUCAAGGAGGAAAUCAAGUUCGCGGAGCAAAUCGGUGAUGUAUUUCAACAUGAGUCUCCAGAUAAGCCCGUAACCAGUGACAUAUCGCCUGAGAUAUUGAAGCAAAUAGAGGAUUCGAAUGUGAAAGAGUAUUGCGAUUCUGACGCUAUUAUUGCGAAAGUUUUGCAAUGCCAGUUCGAUAAGGAGUACGAUGAAGAAAUCAAGAGGAUAGAGAAGAAAAAGAACGGGGAGGCGAAAGUGUCAGUGUCCUACGACAACUACCGCACUGUCCCUGAACAUCUGGUGUACGACUCGGAGUCGGAUGGUGACGACCUUGAGCAGAACGGCAAGAAAGACUGGGACCGCUUUGAGACCAAUGAAAAAGAAUUCGCGAGCCUUCCCAAGCGCGGCUUUAUUAUGAAGGAUGGAGAGAUGGUUACGAAACACGACAGUGUGAUCAACGGCAGGAGGAACGCUUGCCGCGUUAUGGAGUUUCCGCCCGAGGUGUGCACCGGCGACGGAGCCGGGUUUGACAUGAAACUGUCCAACCCUGUGUUCAAUCACCUAAAAGAACAGACACGGAAUCACCAGGCUCGCAAGAACAAAAUGUUAGACAGGAAGGACAGUCAUGCCACUGCUGAAAUGGGUCUCGAUGAACCCACAAAGCUCAUUUUAUACAAACUGGUCAAUAAUGGAAUGUUGGAGAAUAUCAAUGGUGCUAUCUCUACCGGGAAGGAGUCAGUGGUAUUCCACGCUAAUGGGGACACUUCAUAUCCUGACCUGGUGAUCCCUAAAGAGUGUGCAAUCAAAGUUUUCAAAACUACAUUGAAUGAGUUCAAAACUCGGGACAAAUAUAUUGAAGCCGACUACAGAUUCAAGGAUCGCUUUUCCAAGCAGAAUCCCAGGAAGGUGGUGCACAUGUGGGCCGAGAAGGAGAUGCACAACAUGAUGCGGCUGCAGAAGAUUGGCUUGAACUGCCCUGAAAUGGUUGUUUUGAAGAAACAUAUUCUGGUCAUGUCCUUUAUUGGUAAGGAUAAUAAGCCAGCUCCAAAGCUGAAGGAAGUGAUAUUGAAGCCUGAGAAAUGGCAGAGUGUGUACAAUGAGGUUGUGGAUGCAAUGCACAAGAUGUACAAUGUCGGGCAAAUGAUUCACGCUGACCUGUCCGAGUACAACAUUCUGUGGUGGGACAACAAAUGUUGGUUCAUAGAUGUCUCCCAGUCAGUUCAACCGGACCACCCCAAUGGUCUUAAGUUUUUACUGAGAGAUUGCCGCAACAUUAGCAACUUCUUUGAAAAGAAAGGUGUAAGCCAUGUGAAAUCAGGUGAAGACCUGUUUAAGUCCAUCACUGGGUUUGAGGAGGUGGAUGUGAAUAUGCUUGAGGGGGUGCAUACCGUCUACAACUCCCUGUCAACUCGGUUUGAGAUAGCUCUGGAUGACAACAGGAAUACCAGCUAUCCAUUUGAGUACUGCUGGCAAAAGACCAACGAGGGCAAAGCUAAGAGCGACAAGAGUGGUGACGACAGUGAGGAAGAUGAGUUCGAAGAAAUGUGGACCCACUCUCUAAAAGAUAAAAUUGUUGACACAGCAACCAACUUUGCUAAUGAAGUUAAGAUUGACGACAGCAAAUCUGUAAAGAUUGUCGAAAACAAACCAGUUAUGGUAGUCGAUGAGCAGCCAGUGACAGUUAUUGAUGACAAGACCAAUUUUGGGAAAGAACUGGCUGUCAAUAUCCCUGAAGAUGGGUGUACAAGUAGUAAGAGUAUUGACAAGAAGUCUUAAUGUCAUAGAAAAUAAAGGUUUUUAAUGGAAAAAAAAAAUACAAAUUGUAUUUACAUUUUAAUGCAAAAUGUACAUGACGAAAAUGAAAAAAAUAUUCUUGUAACAGUAACACAUCUAGGCGUUGAAUUAUGUAUGUAAUGAAAAUGUGUUCAUGUUUUACUGAAAUGAAUAAAUUUUGUAAAUCUUG